UAAGGGAAAAUAAAAAAUAAAUAAUUCACUUCAAAUAAAAUUGAAUUGAAUUGAAUUAAAGCACACUGGGGCUCACUUGCAAGCAAACAGAGAGCCUGGCCUAACAGGUGGAACUGUUUGCUUUUGUGGUCCCAUCCGGAUUUCAGAUGAGCUUCUGAAGGGGAUUGUAUGAAUAAGUUAACUCUUAGACUGAUUUAAACUGAUCCAUCUGUGGUGCAUCUCUGUUGUGUUGACACAAAUAAUAGAAGGUUAAUUAAUCAUCUAUCCGCCCAUCUUCCUCCACUUAUCAAGGGCCGGGUCGCGGGGGCAGCAGUCUAAGCAGAGAUGCCCAGACUUCCCUCACCCCAGCCACUUCCUCCAGCUCCUCUGGGGGGACCCCGAGGCCAGCCAAGAGACGUAGUCUCUCCAGCGUGUCCUGGGUCUUCCCCGGGGCCUCUGCCCAGUGGGACAUGCAUGGAAUAUCACCCCAGCGAGGCGUCCAGGAGGCUUCAAGACUAGAUGGCCGAGCCACCUCAACUGGCUCCAUUGGGGCCAACCUGGCCUCGGUUAGAAACAACUGCGAGAACAUCGAGCUCCUAUCGCUGAUAAAGCAGAAACAAGGCCUCUAUAAACCAACUUGGAUCGCAGGCUCUGAUGCUCCAACGAAUGGUGUUUGGUUUUGGAGUGAUGGGAGCAACUACCAGUACACCAACUGGUGUCCCAAUGAGCCCAACAAUCACAAUGGCCAACAGAAGUGUUUGCAAAUGAGUUACACAAGUGAACUGGAUUAAUGGUGGGGGGCUCCUGAAACCCACUUCCACCUGCCCUGGCUCUAUUAAUGACUGGUUUUUACCAGCACUUACCUGCCAGUCCAACUAACGCCUAGUGCUAUUGAGACCACACCUGGUCAGAAGUUACUAAGUUGGCAUCUGAAAAUAGUUCCUCAGUGAGUCGACGAUGAGGAGAUAAGGAGAUAAGGAGCUGUAUAAACCAGCCAGGCUUCCUUCAGAGCUAAGCAGCAGGUUGGACCUAGAGAGACAGAGCCUCUGGGAUUGGAACCAACCAACACCUCGACUCCUUGAUGAUGGCGAUGAUGAAGUUGGCUGUGCUUGUCCUUGUUUGUGCCGCCGUAGCUCAGACCAGAGCUGAUGCUCCUGAGGCCGCUUCCUCUAAAUCAGCUGAAGAUAAGGUGGUGUUGGAAAAGAAACGACUAUUAUACCAUGCUUCGUGGACUUCAUUCGGCGGUCGCCACUUCAGUUAUUUUCCAAGCACCAUGACUUGGGCUGAAGCCGAGAGUUUCUGCCGGUCCAUUGGGGGCAACCUGGCCUCGGUUAAGAACCGCUUCGAGAACACCGAGCUCCUGUCGCUGAUAAAGCAGAAACAAGGACGCUACAAACCAACUUGGAUCGGAGGCUCUGAUGCUCAGACUAAUGGUAUUUGGUUUUGGAGUGAUGGAAGCAACGACCAGUACACCAACUGGUGUCCCAAUGAGCCCAACAAUUACUUUGGCAACCAGAAGUGCUUGAUAAUGAGUGCUAAAAAGAGAAGAUGCUGGGACGAUGUGAGGUGCGGGGCGCGCAGACCCUUCAUCUGUGCCAAAAGAAAAUGUUGAAUUCCAACAUGAAGAUGCCUUUUAACCUUGACAGAUUCCUGCUUUUUUUCUCUCUGCUUGUUUGGUUUGAUCAGUUUCACACCAGUUCUGAAAACUCCAUCAAGUACUUCAGCUCUGUCGCUUCAGAGACAGAACCAGCCACUCACAAUGCUGCUGGAUGAUCUCUGCACUCUUCUGAAAGUUUUUUGUAAAAAACUUCACAUUUAAGUCAACUGGUCUUUUUUUUCUGGUAGUUUAUUUUGCUUUUCUUUUAGCAAAUUACAAUUUUAAGCAAAUUAAAAAGUUGGUGAAGACCA